GGAGGAUCACAAGCAGACAACCUCUUAGCUCCACUGUCAGAUAGUGACGACGCAACGUCACACUCUCCUGAAGAUGAAGACAGCGACUACAACCAAGAAUCUCUGAGCAGCGAUACAGACUGUGAAGUUUGUGUUUCAGUCGGAUGUUAAUGAUUGGUGCACACCAAACCGAAGCGGAAGAGGUCGCCUUCGCAAGUUGCUGUUGUAACUCUCAGAAGACGCUAUUGUACUCCUCUCUAGUGCACGUGGCCAAUGAGAUAUCCACUAGGUGAUUAGUCUUCAUAGAGAAUGUCCCCCAAAGCCACAGAGUGGGAGCUCCACUUUGGAGCAGUUGGAGCUACAGUCUAUUAAAAAGGAAGAGGAGGAGCCACAGCCCCCCCCCCCCUCCAUGUUGAAGAGGAAGAACUCUCCAUCACUCAGGAGGAGGCUGAUCUCACCAGGUUUCCACUGACUGGUGUCUCUACGGUGACUGAAGUCAAACCACUUGAGUCCUCACAGCUUCAUUGUAGUCCAACAGAGGAGAUGAGGGAGGAGGAGCCACAGCCCACCCACGUUAAAGAGGAAGAGGAAGAACUCUGGAUCACUCAGGAGGGAGAGCAUCUUCUAGGGCCAGAGGAGGCUGUGAAGACCGAAGACCAUGAAAACAAACCUUCUGAGUCCUCACAGUUUCAUCAUAGUCCAAGUGAGGAGAUGAGAGAGGCAGAGCCACAGUCCAUCCACGUUAAAGAGGAAGAGGAGGAGCAACAGCACCCCUAUGUUAAAGAUGAAGAGGCGGAGCCACAGCUCAUCUACAUUAAAGAGGAAGAGGAGGAGCCACAGCCUUGCUAUGUUAAAGAGGAAGAGGAAGACUUCUGGAUCACUCAGGAGGGAGAGCAUCUUCUAGGGCCAGAGGAGGCUGAUCUCACCAGGUUGCCACUGACCGGUGUCUCCGUGAAGACCGAAGACCAUGAAGACAAACCACCUGAGUCCUCACAGCUUCAUCAUAGUCCAAGUGAGGAGAUGAGAGAGGCGGAGCCUUCAUGCAGCAGCUCACUGCAACACAUGACAACAGAAGCUGAUGGAGACCACUGUGGAGGAUCACAAGCAGACAACCUCUUAGCUCCACUGUCAGAUAGUGACGACACAACGUCGCGCUCUCCUCAAGAUGAAGACAGCGACGACUACCAAGAACCUUUGAGCAGCGAUACAGACUGUGAAGGCUCUGAAAGCUCUAAAAAGAAGACAGGUAAAAAAAGUUUUAACUGCUCAGUUUGUCAUAAAAGAUUUUCUCUUCAGGUUCGUUUGGCUCAACACAUGAAAAAACAUGCAGGAGAAAAACCCUUUAGCUGCUCAGUCUGUGGGAAAGGCUUCACUCUAAAGACAAACAUGCAUAGACACAUGAAAAUACACAAAGAAGAAAAACCUUUUAUUUGCCCAGACUGCGGUAAAGGUUUCACUCUAAAUACAAACAUGCAAUUACACAUGAGAACACACACAGGAGAAAAACCUUUUAGUUGCUCAGAAUGCGGUAAACGCUUCACUCAAAAGACGCACAUGCAAUUACACAUGAGAAGUCACUCUGGAGAAAAACCUUUUAGCUGCUCAGUCUGUGGUAAAGGCUUCACUCUAAAGACAAACAUGCAAAGACACAUGAGAACGCAUAAAGAAGAAAAACCUUUCACUUGCCCAGACUGCGGUAAAGGCUUCGCUCUAAAGACAAACCUGCAAUUACACAUGAGAACACACACAGGAGAAAAACCUUUUAGUUGCUCAGAGUGUGGUAAAUGUUUCACUGAAAAGAAAAACAUGCAAAGACACAUGAUAACGCACAGAGGAGAAAAACCGUUUAGUUGCUUAAACUGCGGUAAAGGCUUCUCUCUAAAGACUAACCUGCAGUCGCACAUGAAAACGCACACGGGAGAAAAACCUUUUAGUUGCUCAGAGUGCGGGAAAUGCUUCACUGAGAAGAAAAACAUGCAAAGACACAUGAGAACGCACACAGGAGAAAAACCUUUUACAUGCUGAAAUUUCUGGCGACACACGCGGAGUCGCUGAUGGUCGACCAUUUAAUUCGCCCGACUUCCAUGCAGUCACCGUGUUGUGAUAUUCUGUGCACGUGGCUUUGUUCAAUUAAUACAUCUUGUGCUUAUUCUUGUGCAAAAAAAACAUGGUGAAGUUUAAGGGAGACUAAAUGCUGUCAUCGCAAAAUGAUGUAACUGAUGAUGUCACUUCCCUUUUCCAUUACUUGCAUUACAUUAGGUCUAGAAAGUAGUGAAAGUAGUAAAGUGGUGAUUUGAUUCCUUUUACUAACUUUUCAUCCCCUCCCCGCCCCCCCCGCUAGUGAUGUGCAUGAAUUUAAAUUUUAUGAACAUUUUAUUUAUUCAUUAUAAUUUAAGUAUGUUUCUAUUCUUUCUAUUUUUUUGUCAACUGUUAUUUAUAUGUCUUGUAUUUGAGUGUUGUUGACUGCAAUAAAAA